UUGCUAUAAAAUUCAUGAGAGCACCUAUUGUAAAAGACCCCUGAUUUUCCGGUUCCUCCAUGUAGGACUGAUAUUCCACCAUCCACGUUUCAGGUUGUCAACCAUGGCACGCCAACUACAUACUAGGCGUGCGUUUCAACGGUUUGAGAGCAUUUCAACUAAUUGGGCACGUUAAGAAAGUAGUGAUAUGUAAAACCCAGAUUGAUCUUCUUGUGGAAUUGAUCUUGGAGCAGAAAGAAAGUCUACAGAGUGAUGAAAGAUUGAAGGCUACAGGGAAGAAGAGGAGCUGUGAAACUUUUGUGUUCAUGGUGGGCUUCAUGUGAUGAGAUAAAGUUUUCACACCACCAAUUUUCACGUUGCAGACAUGGAGAACGUGAGAGGGUAGAUCGGGUUGUUGGGAAGCAAACAAAACGAGAUAUAAAAGGACGGUGUGGGUCUUUCUGUGAAAAGCAAUUCACUUGUGGGUUUUGGUCGCCUUGUUGGUCCCGGGUUCGAGUCACAAGAACGCACAAGAGUUUGCAUCCAAAUGCAGGAUGAGGAACUUGGAGGAGUUAGUGGAGGAGAUCACAAGAACGCACAAGAGUUUGCCUCCCAGGCCGAGUGGAGACGAGGUGGAAGCAGCGCUGUUUCUGAUACGAAAUGUGGACUCUACAAAGGACAUACGGUUGCAGACUUUGAAGAGGCAGGCAAAGCCUCCAGAUGCGCCGGAGGAGCUGUUUGCAGUGAUGCAAGAAAUGCGAAGAAUUCGAGCUGAGAUAGAGGCAGAAGAGGAGAAGCGCGAGGCCUUGGCAUUGCUACUGCUGGAGGAUCACCAUAGGCUUUUUGAUUAUCUUGUCCAAAAAGCAUUUUGUGCUCUGCCUUCUUCCUCUUCUGCUCCUACUUAUGUUCCGGACGCCCCUUUUUCUGUCAGGAAUUCUGGCAAAAGAAUUGCAAAUGGUGCUGAUGCUGAUUUUGUAGGGAACUCAGAGCACAGGGAGAAAGAGAUUUUGUAUGUGCCUGAUGUGAAUUCUAGCAAAAGAAUUGUGAACGGUAAUUCUGCUGACUUCGCAGUUAGCGCAGAGCACAGGCAGAUUGAAAUUUUGGGCAGGGAUUCAAAGCAAUCUAGAGACGAUAGUUUUAUACAAAAGCCCAGGUCCGUUUUCCCUGAUGGAAGGUCAGAGGCGGCACCCAUAAAUCUGCUGGCAAAAUCAAGAAGGAUUACUUUAGAAGAGCGCCAGUCUUUUGGAAGACUUUCGGGAACUAUCACUGAUACAAAAGCUGAAGGUGGGCAGAAGCUUAGUUUAGUAAAGCUUGCCAGUCUCAUUGAAACUGCUUUCAAAGAUGGUGCUGAGAAGUUGGACCUUCGAGGAAGAUUGCUUGACCAGGUCGAAUGGCUUCCUGAAUCAAUUGGAAAGCUUACUAAUCUAACUGAAAUGAAUCUGUCAGAAAAUAGGAUUAUGACCCUCCCUAGCUCAAUUCAAGGGCUUUCUAUGCUGACGAAACUGGAUUUACAUGCAAAUAAGUUGAUGGAUAUUCCAGAUGCCAUUGGUGAGCUUUCCAAUCUAACUAUUCUAGAUGCACAUGGUAAUUGCUUACAGAAAUUGCCUGCUUCAGUUGGGAAUCUUUUCAGGCUGACAUGUCUUGACUUGAGUUCAAAUCAGCUUAUAUCACUGCCAGAGUCUGUUGGUAAACUGGUCAAUUUGAAAAGAUUAGAUAUUGAGACAAAUGAAAUUGAAGAGCUGCCAUAUACAAUUGGUCAAUGUGUUUCUCUUACUGAGCUACGAGCAGAUUUUAAUCAUCUCAAAGCCCUUCCUGAAGCAAUUGGCAAGCUUGUCUCUUUAGAAGUCCUAACAUUGCACUAUAACAAUAUAAAAAGCCUUCCAACAACAAUGGGUUCUUUAUCCAACUUGAGAGAACUUGAUCUAAGCUUCAACGAGUUGGAGUACAUACCAGAGAGUCUUUGCCUUGCCACCAGUCUUGUUAAGCUGAAUGUUAGCAGGAAUUUUGCCGACUUGCAGAAUCUUCCUCGGUCUAUUGGGAAUCUUGAGAUGCUUGAGGAUUUAGAUAUAAGUAAUGAUCAGAUAAAGUUCCUUCCUGACUCAUUUUCCAUGCUUACAAAGCUUCACAUACUUCAUGCUGAAGAGACACCACUGGAAAUACCACCAAGAGAAAUAGCUGCAAAUGGAGCUGAGGCUGUGGUACAAUUUAUGAUAGAACAUGUUGCAAAAAGGAAUGAUGAUGUAAUAGAGAUUAAACCAAAAUGGAAGUGGUCGAUGUUUUGUUCAUGUUUGAAGAAACGCAAGCGGGAAGAAAGCAAUGCACGCUAUACAAGGGCUGGCGCAUAAUGCUAACUUGAAAAUCAGGUCAGGGCUUAGUUUUAGUGAAGUUUAUAUGGAGCACAUCCAAAUCAGAAACUUUGAUAACAUUAUAGAACUUGACUACAUGGUUGCCAGGAUCAAUAACCUUAUGAGGAUCUUUCUGAUUUACAUCUUAUGUACCAUAUUUUUUAUUCUUUUGAGAAUCGUCAAGUCAACUGAGUCUGCGGUCCCUUUGUCAUCAUUAUGGGAUUUAAAAAAAUGUCAUUCAGCCAUGGAACAAGUGAUUCAUUUGGAGCAAGUCUGUAUGAUAUAUAUUUUGUGGUUGCAUCAAGUGCUCUGUUAUAUGGUUUUUGUGCUUGUUAAGCAAUCACAUUUCCAUGCUUUUCCAAGCUCAACUGUAAGUACUGAGGACAUCAAAAAGUUCUGCUAUUACCAUAUACUCUGUUUACCAACAUUUGUAGACAAACGAUAUGUCAUGGUGGUAGUUUGUGCUUUGAGUUUUGACUAUUUUCAUAUGUUGUAACUUGUAUGUAAUAAUCAAUUGCAGUCAUUUCUCAGGAGCUGUAAUAUUUUGUUUGUUA